AUGGUACAAAACAACUAUAAAUUGAUUAAAAAAACUGUAAUUAAAACGAUAAUAUGGGUUCUUGUAAUUAAUUUUAUUUUAAUUAUACUUUGGCUUAAAAAAGAUGAAAUGUUUAAAAAACACCUUAAUAUGUUUGUUGAGGAACAUAAACUUAGAAAUCAUAACAGAAGUCAUGAAAUUGCUAGAAAUGACGAAUUGAGAAGAAUUUUUAAUGAGAGAGUUGAAGAAUUCGACAGAAAGGUUGAUUAUUUUUUAAAUGUGGUAUCAAGGUUUCAAAGAGAAACUAAUACAUCUAUUAGAAAUUUUAAAGCAUUCAGUCAAUUGUUUUUGCAAUCCACCAAACACUUAAGAACGAUUAGUCUAAUUAAAUAUGAAUCUAGACAGUAUAAUGCCGAUUUAGAAGAAUUACUUAGAUUGCUUUUUUAUCAUUCAAAUGAGUAUUAUAAAAUUGUAGAAAAAUAUGAAGAAAGUAUAAAAUUAUUUCAAGAACAUUUUGUAAAUAGUGGGGCUGAAGAAGAGUGUAUUAUUGAGGAUAGACUGAUUUUAGGUUUAGAACAUUAUAAUAUUAUAAAAAGAUUUACUGAUAUAAUUGAUAAGGAUGAAAGAUUUGCGAUAUAUGUAGCAAAUGCAGAAAUAAGGAAAAGGUUUUUAAAAGACUCAAUUAUGAAUUUGGUUGAGUGGUUCCAUGCACAAAUAACAAGUGACAGAAAAUAUGUUUUCUAUUGUGAUCAAAAGGAAACAAUAUUAAAUUCUUUAGUUCAAUUAGAAAAUUUAUUAUCUGAACUUAAUGAAUUACUUGAUGCAGAACCAAUGAAUUAUGAAGAAAUUUUUAGAGUGUCUGUUUCUUGUUCUGAUAGAAUUAUUGAGAUUGUUUCUAACGUUGAUGAAAGAAUAGAAAUAACAAUAUAA